AUGUCAAUCACACUCCCAUUGCUCGACGACUUUCAUGUCCAUUUACGUCAGGAUGCUCUGAUGCGUACUGUUACUCCGCUGAUUGAAAGUGGGGGCUGCAAACUCGCCUAUGUCAUGCCUAAUUUGAAGCCGCCAAUCAAGACUACUGAGGAAGCACUUUGUUACAAAGAACAGCUUCAGCAGCUUUCGCCCAACACUGAGUUCUUUAUGACACUUUAUCUGAAUCCCGAUCUCACUCCAACAGAGAUUCACAAGGCUGCCAAGGCUGGAAUAAAAGGAGUCAAAAGUUAUCCUCGUGGAGUGACCACCAACAGCGACUCUGGCAUCGAAAGUUACACGGUGUACUAUGAGGUAUUCCGAGCAAUGGAAGAAGCUGGAAUGGUUUUAAAUCUGCAUGGAGAAGUUCCAAGCGAUCCGUCAAACGACAUUUGUGUUUUGAAUGCCGAGGAGCGAUUUUUAAAGCAUCUUGCACAACUUCAUGCUGAUUUCCCUCGUCUCAAAAUUGUACUAGAACAUGCCACCACCAAAGCCGCAGUAGAUAUGGUCAAAUCACUUGGUCCAACAGUGGGUUGCACCAUUACAGUUCAUCAUUUGCAGCUCUUGGUAGACGAUUGGGCUGGUCAAUGCCAUCAUUUCUGCAAACCCGUUGCCAAGUUUCCUCACGAUCGUGAUGCCCUUCGUCAAGUGGUGAGUCAAGGUCAUCCUCGGUUUUUUCUUGGCACAGAUUCGGCACCUCAUCCUCGCCACACCAAAGAAAAUACUGCUACUGCUGCUGCAGGAGUGUUUGUUACACCGUUUGUGAUGCCCUAUCUAGCCACUAUUUUAGAUUCGUUUGGCGCUUUGGAUAGACUGGAAGGAUUUGCUUGUCAGUUUGGACGUGCAUUUUACGGUAUUCCCAACAAAGAUGCAUCGACCAAGCAAGCAACUCUAGUUAAAUGCGACUCUGGCUUGUCGAUUCCACAAGAAAUUGGGUUUAUGGAUGAUGAUGGUGUUGAAAGAUCUGUUGUGCCAUUUUGGGCAAACAAGACUCUGACAUGGAAAUUCAAAUAA